AUGCACACAAACAGCCUCACCUUUGACGACGUCGGUUGUCUUCGGCAGUUGAUGGCUUCGCCGUCUCCAUCAAUGGAAAGAAGGACUACAAUUUUCUUUGGAGGACAUCCCCCAAUUUUGUGUGUUUCGCUAAAUUACUGCAUUGUUGCUGUUUGGCAGAGGGUUGCCGGGGAUGAAGAUACCACUGGGGGCGUGCACGUCGCCGAUGAACCAGAAAUGUCUGACGGAGCAGAGCAUGGAGUUGGAUCGUUUGAGGGCGAAGGCUCUGCACGGAUGGAGUCGGACAAAGGCCGAUGUCGACAAUGGGAUGCGGUUGAAUUGGAAGACAGUUUGGACGGCGCCGGAGGAAUGUCUGACAAUUAUGCGGAAGACGAGUUUUACGCUGUUGAUUCCGUGGAGUCGAUAGGUUGGAUUGAUUUUUUGAACUUGAGCGAGGAAGAUGUUUUCCGGUUUAAUUUCACAGACGUUGACAUUGCAUUUGAGUUCUACCAGCAAUAUGCAAAGCACCAUGGCUUUGGGGCGAGACGUUCCAGAAGCGGAAAACGUGGCGAAGUAAGGAUACGGCAGGAGUUCGUGUGCCACCGACAAGGGUACCGAUCCCCGAAGUUCUACUCGAUGCCUAACCGGCAAAAGAGGCCGAGGGCCGAGACACGUUGUGGAUGUCCUGCAAGGAUGCUACUCUGCAUGGACGAUGAAUCAGGACGUUGGCUCGUUGCGUACUUUUUAGACACGCAUAACCACCACGUUCUUGAGUUGCGAUUUUCUUCCAUGCUUCCAGGCCAUCGGAAGAUGAGCGAAGCGGACAUCGAGCAGAUGAACGACAUGCGCAAAGGGGGCAUUGGCGUCUCCCGAAUCCACGGUUUUAUGGCGAGCCUAGCCGGCGGGUAUCAUAAUCAACGAAGGGAGGGUGGCCUAGAUGCGGAAUCGUGCCUAAGGUAUCUCCGAGAGUGCAAGACAAAUGAUCCAGCACUGUACUACAAGGAAGUUGUUGACGGUGAGGGCGUGUUGCAACAUUUGUUUUGGUGUGAUGGCACCAGCCAAAUUGAUUACCAGGUGUUUGGAGACGUGGUUGCAUUUGAUGCAACGUACAAGAAAAAUGUUUACCUUUCACCUCUUGUAGUAUUCUCCGGUGUGAAUUACCACAACCAAACAGUUGUCUUUGUCGCCGCACUGGUGGCAGAUGAGAAAGAAGAGACCUAUAUCUGGCUGCUUCAACAAUUGCAAACUUCAAUGAAAGGGAAGGCUCCCGUGUCCAUAAUAACCGACGGUGAUAGGAAAAUGAAGUCUGUGAUCGAGCAAGUUUUUCCGGAGGCUCACCAUCGACUCUGUGCUUGGCAUCUACUCCGAAACGCCACGAGCAACAUCGGAAAGCCCAAAUUCACCAGGAUGCUUAGGGAUUGCAUGCUUGGCGACUACGAGGUCCGAACAUUCGAGAGAAAGUGGUUUGAGAUGGUUGAGAAAUUUGGCGUCGCCGAUAAAAGAUGGGUACAUGACAUGUACGAGAGAAGGCAGAGUUGGGCCACAGCACACAUACGGGGAAAGUUCUUUGCCGGAUUUCGAACAACGUCAAGGUGCGAGGGCUUGCACGCUGUGAUAUCACGGUAUGUUAAGUCUCGAUACAGCUACACUAAGUUUUUACGUCAUUUCCAACGAUGCUUGAUGUUCGUGCGUGCAAAGGAGGUGGAGGUUGAUUUCGAGUGUGCAAAGGGUGACCCUGUUAUGACCACCAACCUGAAACAGCUCGAGCGGAGUGCAGCCGAGAACUACACUCGUGCAAUAUUCUAUUUGUUUGUUCCCAUUCUUGACAAGGCCUGUGCAAUGAGGGUGGUUGACUCUGAAGACAACGGUUCCUAUUUUAUCCACACCGUCUCUCGAUACGGCACUCCGGGGAAGGAUUGGCGUGUUGUUGCAACGUUUGAUACGAGGCAGGUCCGAUGCACGUGCAUGAGAAUGGAAUGUUUCGGGGUCCCCUGCGAACAUAUAAUUGCGGUGCUUGUUCUUAACAAUGUUCAUGAGAUCCCGAGGUCUCUGAUAUUGCCGAGAUGGACCAAGGAUGCAAAACUUGUGGCGGUGCAGUCGAUGGGCGUGAUUUGGGAUUCUGUGCAACUGACGCAACACUGGUGCCUGAUGGAUUGGUACCGGAAAGUGUGCAAGAUUGCAUGUCACAGCACUGAAAAGUUCCAGUUUGCAAGAGACACUGCCAUGCUGAUGCUGAAGCACUUCGAGAACGAAGAUGCAGGGGACACCAGUUUUCCACCCGAGGGGCCACCUACUGAGGGUGGCAGGGGCCCGGCGCGGAAUCCACCCAGGCGCAAUACAAAGGGUAACGGUGCUCAUGGUGGAAAGAAAACCCAGCGAUGUCGUUUGUGCCGGGAGGUGGGACACAACAGGACGACGUGUCCGGGCCGCCGCACAAUGGAGUCAUCCAGCGCAGUUGCAGAUGACAUGGAUUUGAUGGACACUGACAUGCUAUAUGAUAACCUAUCCGGCGAUCUGUAUGCGACAGCCGAGAUUUCUUCGUUCGAAUGCUCCGAUAGUGACACGCAGGCUGGGUUUGCUAACAGCGACUUCGCUGGGACCAACACGUCCGGGCCUGUCAUGUCUCUCGCCGAUUGGGCAAAGGGGGGCUACAGUCGUCACGAUGGUGUGUUGCGUCACGAUGGUGUGUUGCAACGUGGAUAUUCAGAUGGACGUCUCCUAAAAAAACUCCCUUCGUCCGCCUCUUUGCAGCAGACAUUCGGAACUGGUUACGUCUCGUACUACCUUGUGUGCUAG